AAUUCAACCAACCAAAGGCAAGCAGAGGCGUAUUUCCGUGACAGAGGGAAGUUUGAAUUUUAUCGUGCGAUUUACUCUCUUACACUAAUGACUGUAAUAUAAUUUUAUUAAAAACCCAGUUACCCAAGGACUAUGUGUUUAUGCCUUACGGAGUGAGAAGACAAGAAAAAGCUCGCGAUAAAGUGAGUCUAAUGGCAGUUAACGUUACUGAAUUUGCCAAGCCAGUAUCAACAGACGGCUAAUCCAGAGCUCUUUAAAUCGCCAUUUUAAAAUUAAAUUUCGAUUUUUACUUAAUCCUGGCUGCGUAAUACACAAUAAUGAAAGCGAUGAAAGAGGAGACUACCGAAAUAAAACAGAUUCACGACGACAAAGACCUCAUCUGCAGUCUUUGUAAGAGAUGUGACGACAAUCCAGAGAAGUAUGGAGAGAAGAUCACCCUUCAGCAGCACAACCUGACAGUCCACUAUUUCUGUUUGCUGAUGUCUAGUGGAAUAUGUCAGAGAGGGGAAGAGGAUGAAGACGUUCAUGGUUUUCUCGUGGAUGACAUAAAAAAGGAGAUCCGCAGAUCUUCGAGGCUGAGAUGCAUGAAGUGUAAAAAGGUUGGUGCGUCGGUGGGGUGCUCCAUCAAAAGUUGUCGGCAAAUGGUCCACAUGCCUUGUGGAUUAGAGCAGGACUUUAUUUUCCAGUUCACAGACUUGUUUCCGUCUUUCUGUAAAAAGCAUGCACCUAGUCAAACCUGUGUCUCCAGUCCCAGUCUGCCACUCUCUUGCUCCGUCUGUCUGGAGCCCAUCGAACCCAUCCUCUCCUAUAAUGUCCUCAAGUGUCCUGCAUGUCAUGGCAGCUGGUUUCACAGAAACUGUGUACAGCAUUAUGCACACAGCGCUGCCAUGUUUUUCUUCAAAUGCACAUUGUGCAAUAACAAGGACCAGUUUCAGCAGGAAAUGCUCAGAAUGGGAAUAUAUAUACCAGAGCGGGAUGCAGCAUGGGAACUUGAGGAGAAUGCAUAUGAAGAUUUAUUGCAAGUGUACCAGCACUGUGAUGCUGUGAAGUGUCACAGUCACAAAGGUCGUAAAUACAGCUCACAGUCAGGGUAUUUUGAAAUUGUUCGUUGCAAGUUGUGUGGCUCCAGGGGAACUCAUCGAAAAUGUUCCAACCUUAAGCUUUACGAAAGCGACUGGAUCUGUGGUGACUGUAAAGCUGCUGUUGAGGGAAAAAAAUCAGUGCCUUUGCCAAACCAUGUUGAGUCCCCACUGGCUAUAAGGCAACAGAGGAAGAGGCUGUUUAAAAACAUCUCUGACCUUCACUCUUCACUCAUCAGUAAAAGGCAAUGUGUGGCUGCCACUUCUCCAGAGGUCUUAAUGGAUCUGGCCCAUCAGAUAUCACAGCAGCAGUCUACAGAGGUGCUAGUGGAAGAUUAUGAUGGGGUGUUGGAAGCAGCUCUGCGGGUUCUGCGGCAAAGUGACUUUAAUCCCUGCUGCACACUUUCUGUGAAAUUCUCCCAAGACAAACAUAGCAACAACAUUAGGAGUCAGCGUCGCUUCCUCAGACGUCUUGUUUCGAAACUGCAAAUGUCAGAAAUCUUUGAGGGCCCUGAUGGAUCUAAAAACCUGGCUCUGAACUCAAAAGCUCUGAGGGAUGACCUCUACUUUGAAGUCGGCAGUCUGUUGGCCCUCUCUUUGGUUCAUGGAGGUCCUCCUGUGGGCUUCUUCUCUCCAGCACUGUACCAUAGUCUGUUUAACUACCCAACAAACUACAGACCUACUUUACAAGACCUUGGAGACACUGCUUUUGCACACAAAAUCAGACAGAUUGCAGAUGCAAAGUCAAUGAAGGAGCUGAGAAUGGCAAUGCAGUCAGCGUCACAAUAUUUGGAAGCAGCAGGUUGCUGGCGAAAGAUCAGAGAACUCUCAGAGAAGGACAUGCUGGUGGAGGAUGUACUAAAUUUCUACCUGAUCAUCAGACUACAGCUGCCUCUGCAGAGAUUCCGUGAGGGUUUGAGGACACUAGGACUGUUUGAGCAAGUUCAGAUGUGUACAGAGGCUUUCCAUUCAGUCUUCUGUGGGCCUGUGGAAAGGCUGACGGCCGAAUCUGUCAUGGAGCUCUUUACCGUCCGGUUUUCAGAAGAAAAAGAGCAACGAGAAAAAGAGAACACAACAGUAGACUUUUGGAAAAAGUAUCUGCAUGAGUGUGAAGAGGGUCGGUGUGCAGCAUCACUUGAGGACCUCCUAACAUUCAUCACUGCUACAGAUUUGGCUCCGUCCAUUGGAUUCCAUCCCACUCCAUCCAUUUCAUUCUUCAGCUCACCAGACCCCUCAUGUGCUUUUCCUCAGAGCCACUGUGAUGCCAGUCAUCUCUUUCUGCCAAUGCUACCCUCAUAUGAGCUCUUCAAGAAACACUUGGAUUACACUGUGUGUCAGUUCUCAGUUAUGCAGGACAUUUAAAAAAAAACAGUAUUUUUCACCCUAACUCACGUUAGCAUUACCUGAUCAUAGGUUGCUCCUCACUUUAUUUAUCAGUAACCCUGGUGUUGCUAAAUCCUCAGUUAUUUAUCAGUAAAUUGGAAUCCCUCAACAGAAAAGAAAGACAUUUCAACAGCUUUGCUUUGAACCACUCAGCACUAUAUGGACUUCAACUGCAAAGCAAUAUGUGUUCUAUACAUGUUGGAACACAAUCUUAGAUGUGAUAAGAUGUUCUUUGUGUUUAAAAAAAAAAGUUUUUCUUGUAAAUUUAGGUGCACAGUUCAGAAGUGUACUGGUAAUAGCUAGUAUUGUAACCAAAGUUUAAACUAUUGAGUAGUGUUCUGUUGAACAGCAUAGGUAUUUAGCAGUAAUAGGAAUUUGAUUUGAAUCGAUUUUUGUAUUUUUUUAUUUUUUU